UUUUUGGCAUCUAUUACGAGCAGGUUACUUUCAGUUUUUACUUUACACUUAUUAGAGCUGGAACCGAGGUCUGUUGUUUUCCAAUAGUUAGGUUUUUCCUGCACAUAGGAUGUCGUUAUGUGUGUUUUUUCCUGUAGCUACCAGAGCAGGUUGUGUUUGAGAUUCAGACCAGAUACAAGAGGAGAAAACUGAUGUGUUGAACCAACACUGCCUGAAGACAUUCUCUACUUUUUCCACUUAUUUUUUCUUUGUUAUACUGAGUCAGGAGGGUGCUGGUUUGGUGGAUUUAUUUUCCCCCCCUGGAUGUGACACUUUGAGCCAUGCUGAUGCAGCUGAUGCUUCUGCUGCUGCUCUGCCUGCAAACUUCACUGCAAGAACAGACUCCUCCUCCUGGUCGGUGUGAUAUCUCACAGAGGGUGGACAUGCACACCUCCUGCACUUCUUGUGCCGUCGUGACCAGAUGCCCCCACGGCUUCAGCAGCGUGGGAACGGCCAACUGCAGUUACGUGGUGGAGAUCGGCGGCAGGGAGAUGGUGCUGGAUGGAUGUCAGCACAUCUGUAUAAAGGGGUUCAUGCAGCCACAGUGCUGCCCACAGCACUGGGGACCUCUAUGUCUCUCUUGUCCCAGCUGGUCAGGGAAGACCUGUAACUUCCAUGGAAACUGUCUGGACGGAGACCUCGGCAACGGGACCUGCGUCUGUGAUGACGGCUUCUCUGGUUUUGCCUGUCAGGAGUGUAAGAAUCAAAACGCCUUUGGAGAAAACUGUGAUAAAAAAUGUGACUGUGUGAAUGGAGUGUGUAAUAAAGGUCCAGAAGGUGAUGGACAGUGUUUGUGUCAGCUGCCGUACACUGGGAAACGCUGUGACCAAGCGAGUACCAGGUGCAGUAAAUGCAGCCCGAACUCGUACUGUAAAGGAGAGGGAGACGCCGCCGAAUGUGAAUGUUUACCCGGAUACAGGAAGACGACAGUGGGCAUGAAAAAUUGUGCAGCUAUUUGCUCAGCGAGGGACUGUGACGUCAACGCCCAUUGCUCCUUACAGGGGUCAAAGGUCACCUGCGUCUGUAAGCCGGAAUACCAGGGCGAUGGCAAGAUCUGCGUACCCAGAAACCCUUGCUCCGAGAACAACGGAGGGUGUCCCGUCAACUCGACCGUCUGUGUCUUCAAAGGACCCAACAAGUCCAGCUGCGAGUGCAUGUUUGGGAUGUCCCCUGUAGGUGGCAGCGCUGAGUUCGGUUGUCAUCUGGUCUCUGCCUGCUUAGCGAACACCUGUGACCCAACAGCUAUCUGUCAAACUGAACUGGAUGGACAACCCAGGUGUGUGUGUGAGGCGGGUCAGAUUGGUGACGGAUACCGUUGCUAUGGUAACCUGAUGGAGCGGCUGAUAGAGCUGGACAGGAGUGGAAGUCAGAGAGAAAAUCUGACCGGAGCCGUCGCCAUGUUUGAGAAAGGCUGUCCAAUGCUGCUGAGUCACAACGGACCCUUCACAGCGUUCAUCCCGGUGCUGAAAACUCCUCUGAGUGGUGUUAAUGAGGAGCUGAUGUGUAAAAACCACCUGAUCCUGGGUCAGCACCUCUACAAAGAUCUGCAGGGACGAGAUUUCAACCUGUACGGAGGAGCUGUGUUGAGGAGCAAAGACAACAAGAGGUUCAUCCUGAUGGACAACCCCAGCAGACUGUACAACGUCAUCCAGGAAGACCUGCCAGCAGCCAAUGGGAUCAUCCACAUCAUCGACCGGCCAAUCACAAACACACUCUCUGCUCCACCCUCUCGUGAUGAACAGUUCGCUGAUAUAACUAUCGGAGAGAUUCUGACUAAGGAUGAAAAAUACAACCGCUUCCUGUCUCUGGUUGAUAACUGCGGGUCGCCACCCCCCUUGAAGGGUCCGGGUCCUCUGACUGUGUUCAUCCCCACCAACCAGGCUGUGGACAAAUCCAGAGACGGCAGCCUCUUGUACAUGCUGCACGAAGCCAAAAAUAAACUUCAGGAGCUUCUCAGACACCAUGUUUUCACCCAGGCUGCGCUGACAGUCGACGAGUUAACAGCUCUCCCGCUGAUUCAGACGAUGGCCAAUCAGAUUGUCACCAUCACUGUGUCCAAUGAUGGUGAGAUCCUCUUGGGCGAGAAGGGCGUCCAUCUGUCGAGCACCAACAUUGUGGCGUCCAACGGGAUCAUCCACAUGAUUGACGGGCUUCUGUACCCGCCCUCCAUCCUCCCCAUCCUGCCUCACCGCUGUGAUGUCACCGAGAACAAAAUCACCGUGGGUCCAUGUGUUCACUGCAGCUACCUCUAUGAGACUGAAUGUCCAGAUGGCACGGUUGAAAUGGACAGCCAUCAGACGCACUGCACAUACCUCGAGUCUCGGGUCAGCAUGGCGCACAAGUCAGGCUGCGCCAAAUUCUGCAACGCAACCAAAACGGUUCCACAGUGCUGUAAAGGUUUCUAUGGUCCCGACUGUAAACCCUGUAUCGGAGGAUUCCAGCAUCCCUGCUACAACAAAGGAACGUGUUUUGACGGCAUCCAUGGCAACGGCUCGUGCAGCUGUCAGCCGGGCCUCAGGGGUAUCGCCUGCCACAUCUGUGAGGAUCCAUCCAAGCAUGGAGAAAACUGUGACGAAGAGUGUCACUGUGUCCACGGUUUGUGUGAUAACCGUCCAGGCAGCGGCGGUGUGUGUCGGAGAGGAUCAUGUAAGGCAGGAUACUCCGGAGACAACUGUGACAAGACGGCCACCCUGUGCAACUCUGACGGACUGCAGCAGCACUGUCACAUCCAUGCGUACUGCACACAAAAAGGACUGCAUACCACGUGUUUGUGUAGGGACGGAUAUGACGGCGACGGUCACUCCUGUUCUCCCAUCAACCCCUGCCUGAAGAGCAACCGAGGAGGCUGCCACUCCAACGCGGAGUGUGUGUACGUGGGUCCAGGUAACGCGUCGUGUGUGUGUAUUGAGGGUUGGACAGGUGACGGCAGAGUGUGUGUGGAGCUCAACAACUGUCAGCUGGAGAGUCGAGGAGGCUGCAGCUCCAACGCCGACUGUAACCACAUCGGACCUGGACAGAGUGAGUGUGUUUGUAAAUCGGGUUACAGUGGGGACGGUAUUGUGUGUGACCCCGUUAACCCCUGCUACAGGAAGAACGGAGGCUGCCAUGCCCUGGCAACGUGUGAGAGCUCUAAGACGGGUGGGAAUCACACCUGUACCUGUCCUGACGGCUACACUGGAGACGGGACCAUCUGCUACGGGUCAUUACUGGAGGAGCUGGACAUGAACCAAAAGCUGUACAAUUUCUACCGACUGACUCAGAGGUACAGUCAUCUCCCUGAGGACCUGAGUGGGAACCUCACAUUGUUGGUUCCGUCCAAAGAAGCUCUGAGGAACAUGACUAAAGCUCAGGACAUGUUCUGGACCAGCAGACACCAUCUGCCUCACUUCUUGCGGGCCCACAUCCUGCAGGGGAUCUACUCUGUAGAAGACCUGGACAGACUGGUGGGCAGCAGGCUGCCAACCAUGAACCCCCCCACCCACUGGGAGAUCAGCAACAGCAGCGGGGUGAUUCACAUUGGAAACGCCUCCAUCGUCACCCACAACAUGCCAGCAAUCAAUGGCUACAUCCACAUCAUAGACCAGGUUCUGGCUCCAUCCAGCUCAGACCUCCCCCCCGAGCCCCCCACCCUGAUGGCCUUCCUGAACUCCUCCUCCACCUUCACUCUGUUCAGACAGUACGCUCUGAUGUACAAUCUGUCAGAUGACCUGGGUGUGUUUGAUUUCACGCUCCUGCUGCCGACAGAUGAUGCCAUCAGGCAGCACCUCAGCAGGACUAACUCCUCCCUUCUGGAAUCUGAUGUGUUCAAGUACCACGUGAUUCUCAAUGAGCUGCUCUUCCCUGACCACCUGACUGACGGCAUGUUGAAAAGCACACUGCUGGGCAGCGAGUACCAGGUCCAGUUCCACUUAAACAGCAACAACCAGACAGCUGUGGACGACGUUACCCUCAGCUAUUUCACGGAGACGCAGAACGGUGUCAUCAUAGCCCUCCCUCAGGUCCUGAAAGUCCACCGCAACAGAUGCAACAAACAGAUCACCCUGCAGGUCAAUGGAAGGUGCUCAGACUGCAGCGGACCACCUCGAUGCCUUUUCAACUACAAACCAAUCAAAAAUGUGUUUCCGGCCAACAUGCGAUCCAAUUGUAAAUACAGGAAGCGAGUCGGAACCAGGAGGAAGACGAUGUCGGGCUGUCUCAUCAAAUGUCUUAAGUUGACCACGGAUCAUUCCUGUUGCCCCGGUUACUACAGCCACGAGUGCUUCAAAUGCCCGGGAGGCAUCGGCAACUGGUGCUCCAAUCACGGGGAGUGUCAGGACGGUAACCUCGGCAACGGGGAGUGCCGUUGCUUUGAGGGUUUCCACGGCACCGCGUGCGAGGACUGUGAGCCAGGACGAUACGGCGUCAACUGCUCCUCAAAGUGUGUGUGUGGCCACGGGAAGUGUGAGGACGGUUUGGCAGGAAGCGGCAGGUGUGUGUGUAACAAAGGUUGGAAAGGAUCUUCCUGCUCUAUAGAGAUCAAAGACGACGCCUGUGCAGGUGUGUGUGAUGAUAACGCUAACUGCAUAACUGGACCAAAGGGUACAGCCGCUGCCUGUGUGUGUGUGGCUGGAUACAAAGGCAAUGGAACUCACUGCAGUGAGCUGGAUUUGUGCAGCAUUUCUAACGGUGGAUGCUCAGAAUUUGCCGUUUGCUUGAAGGUCUCGGCAGGAGAGCGGACCUGUACCUGUAAGGAGGGGUACACAGGAGACGGGGUCAUCUGCCUCGAGGUUGACGGUUGUCUGGUCAAAAAUGGAGGCUGCCACAAGUCAGCAGACUGCACCAGAGCAGGCCCCAACAGGACGGCCUGCAAUUGUCGGCUGGGCUUCCAAGGAUCCGGGAGGUUCUGUUACCCCGUCAACCCCUGCAGAACUAAAAAUGGCCUCUGCAGUGCGAAUGCUCGCUGUGAGUACUUCGGUCAGGGUCAGAGGAACUGCACCUGCUUCAGAGGCUACAUUGGCGACGGCAUCGAUUGUCGGGGAAACACCAACGAUGAGGUGAUCCGCCAACCAGAGAAUGCAUUCCUCCGUCGAAUGUUAUCUAAAAUAAACUCUCGUGCUCUUCGUAGCGACGGACCGUUUACUGUCUUCGUCCCUCUUGAGGAAACAAACAACGGCUCCACUGUUGAGGAAUGGGAGACGUCCGGUCGUGUCUCUGACCUGGUUCGAUACCACAUCGUUUCCUGUGAGACUUUGACCUUGAGUGACCUCAAAACCACCAAGUUCGCUUACGCCACGUCAGGACACAAACUGAGCUUUAGCCUGCAGGAGGGUUCAGUCUGGGUCAACAACAGAUCGAGGAUUGUGAAGAGUGAUUACACCACUUCUAACGGAGUCAUUCACCACAUCGACACACUGUUGGUGCCCUACAGGCUGCAGGACAAACCAAGCAUCAACUCUAACAUGAUGAACUUCACGACAGCAGCUGCGGUUUAUGGCUACAGCCGCUUCUACAAACUUGUGGAGGAUGUGGGGUUACUCCCGGUGCUCCAGAUGUCCAUCCAUCAGCCGUUUACCAUGUUUUGGCCCACAGACAAGGCCCUCAACUCCCUGUCAGCUGAAAGACGGCACUGGCUCUCCAACCCCGAACACCAAGACCAAGUGUCUGCCUUAGUGAGGGCUCACAUCUUACGCAACGCCAAGGUGAUGACUGUCGGUCAGCCGGAGAAUUUCUCUGUGUUCCGCACCAUGCACGGAUCCAUCAUCAAGUACGGCUGUGACAGGACCGUGGUGGGGGGUGUGUUGAUUAAUGACAAUGAAGCCAGGGUAGUGGAGCGCUACCUGAACUUCAAAGAAGGCAUCGCCUACGGCAUCGACCAGUUACUGGAACCACCUGGACUGGGAGCGUUCUGCGACAGUGCGGAGAACAAAACCUCUUACGGGCGCUGUGGACUCUGCCUCUCUCCACCAUCCUGUUCCUACAGACACCAAGACACGGGAAAGACGGAUAUGUGUUUCGACAGGGCCAGCCAGUUUAGGCGACGCAGCCCACAUUGGUACAUAAAGGAAUCUCCUUUUAACAGGAUCGGCUGCAAGAGAAUAUGUCAGUAUCCUUACUGGGUCAAUAAGUGCUGCAAAAACCACUACGGCCGAGACUGUCAAGUUUGUCCAGGUGGCCUGGUGGCCCCUUGCAGUAACCACGGUACCUGCUACGAUGGCCAACAGGGUUCAGGAGAAUGUUUGUGCUACGUAGGCUUCAGAGGGAAAGCCUGCGAACUGUGUGUAGGCAAAUACUACGGCCCCAACUGCACAGCCUGCAACUGUGGGCAGCAGGGAAGGUGUGAGGAAGGCAUGGAAGGUUCUGGAAAGUGUGUCUGUAACCCGGGCUGGGAGGGUGAUCAGUGCCAGAUCAAUAUCGGCUCGAUCCCAGAGGAGUGCCGGCGGUGCCACGCUCAGGCCGACUGUGUGGCAGGUGCUGGUUGUCAGUGUAAAUCCGGUUUUCAGGGAAACGGCACCUUCUGUGAUCCAGAACCACCUCCAGACCUCUGCGCCGAGUACAACGGUGGCUGUCACCAAAACGCAGACUGUAACCAGACGGGCCUGAUCGUCAACUGUACCUGUAACAGUGGUUACCAAGGAGACGGCUACUCCUGCGAGCCCAUCAACAGGUGUGUUGAAGAGCAGAACGGCGGAUGCAGUGACUUUGCCUCCUGCAAGUUCACUGGUCCAAACGAGCGCCAGUGCGAGUGCCUGCCGGGGUACCUGGGUAAUGGAGUCCAGUGUAUGGAGAAGGUGGUGCCCCCUGUUGACCGCUGCCUGGAAGACAACGGAGGCUGCCAUCCCAUAGCCAACUGCAAGGACCUGCAUUACCAUGCCAACACAGCCGGAGUUUUCCACCUGCGCUCUCCAGACGGGAAGUACAAGAUGAACUUCAGUCAGGCCAACGCCGCCUGCCAGGACGAGGGCGCCGAGCUGGCCAACUUCAAGCAGCUGGGAGAUGCACAGCAGCUGGGGAUGCAUCUGUGCGUGGCCGGCUGGAUGGAGGGGGGGAAGGUAGGAUACCCGACCCGCUUCGCCUCCGUCAGGUGCGGAGACAACCACGUGGGCCUGGUUAUCUACAAAGAGCCCGUGGACCAGAGCAGCAAGUACGACGCCUACUGCUACAGGCUCAGAGAUGUUUCAUGUGAGUGUCCCGGCGGUUACAUUGGAAACGGAGACUUCUGUAACGGCGUCCUGACCAGCAUCCUCGCAACGUACAGCAACUUCUCCAUCUUUUACAAGUUUUUGUUGGACUACAGCGGCCGGUCCUCAGAGGGCAAACAGCUCGUUGAAUUUAUGUCUCACAGGAAGUCCGAGGUCACGCUGUUUGUUCCUCAUAACGCCGGCUUCGGUCCAAACCAGACCCUGUCUGGUAGAGAUCUUGAGUAUCACAUCUCAACCAAUCACAGCGUUAGAGCAUUUACGGAUCUGAGGCACCAGGAAGUCAUCUUAUCCAGGCUUGGAUUUAACCUGACUGUUACCCACGGCAACAACGAGAGCUUUAAGCUUGUGAACAAACGGAUGCUGUUGGAGUGGGACAUUCCUGCUGUAAACGGGAUCAUCCACGUCAUCGAGGCCCCGCUGACAGCGCCCCCCCCACUGAUCUCCCCUCACGCUUCCCGAGGCUACGCCCACUCAAGCGGCACGGUGUCGGCCAUCUUGGUUUCGAUGUUGCUGGCCUGUGUGUUGGCUGCACUCGGCUACUACAUCUUCAAACACAAGACGGACGCCUUCCGCUUCCACUACUUUAGGGAUGAGGAUGAGGACGGUGCGCCCAGCGGCAGGAAGAAGCCCACGUUGGUCUCCAUCCCCAACCCUCUGUACAGCGGCUCCAGAGCCUUCAGCGAGCCGUUUGGGGAGGCCGCUCAGGGAUCGGAGCCAGCUGAACCUGAAGAACCUCCAAAGAUUCUGGACCUGGACCUGGACCAGUAGAACUGGAGCUGUCUGUUUACAUACCACAAUAACCUGUUUGAUUUUACAUGAUUCAGCUUUUUCCUCAGAUCAUCUGUAUACAUAUAAGAAAUAAAAGUCAGUUAACUUAA